ACUUGACUCUCGCACGCCCUUGGUUUUUCGUAACUUUUACCCGAAAUGCCUUUUCUUGAGUUGCUCACGAAUGUCGCGCUCUCCCGCGAGCAGAGUAAGGAUCUCGCCUUAUCGCUGUCCAAAACAGCAGCAGAGAUCCUUCAAAAGCCCGAAUCUCUAAUUUCAGUUCAAGUUCGUGCCGAUGAAAUCUUGACUUUUGCAGGCACCCACGAUCCAUGCUUCCAGCUACGCAUAACAUCUCUGGGAAAUCUCACACCCGAAAAUAACAUUUGCUACUCCGAGGCCUUUACGGAGUUCCUGAAGGCCAAGAUUGGAGUUGAAAACAGUCGAGGCUAUAUCGUUUUCUACGACCCGAAUUAUCCAAAUAUAGGGUACAAGGGAACAACUGCUGCCAAACUGUGGGGUUAAAAACACACUGAUCCGAUAUGCAACCCACCCACAUGCACAAACACACGACAGCAUACAGGCAGCUUGUAUCGGAGCUUCUUGGUACACUAUCCUGGUAUUGUAACGAGCUCUCCUUUGGCUUGGAAUGCCUCAAAAGUAUUGACAUAUGUGGCUUACUGAUUGGAAGUUGUGUGGUGGAUUGACGCAAAUGGGUGUUCUAGUUUCAUGUCUACAGAGCAGGCGUGCAUUAUCUAAUUAUGUAUGUGUACUGAUGAGAUUUCAAACCCUGUAUUGAGACUUAACAGAAACCUGGUUGAAUUUCUCCAUGAAUUCCAGCUCAAUUGUUCCAACAAAUAGUAGCGCUCAAAAGGUGAAUGUCGGUAAUGGACAUAAAUUAAAGGCUUUGCAGAGCAAAUGCUGGGGAGUUGGGGCAAGAUAUCACGUGGUUUACAGCAUCAUCAGAUAAGAUAAGAUCGGAUUAUCAUUUGACCGCGGC